UCAGAAAGAGAUUCACAUAAUCUCCAUUUUCCAAUUGAAAUGGGAGAGGAUCUGAAUCCUCUUGCCAAUAAAGAAUUCAAGAUCAAACAAGAAUUAAACGGAGCAAAUUGUACUAGGGACUAAUGAUAUGCAAAGAAUUAGACAGAUCAAAAUUUUUCAGAGCUUCUAGAAGCCGUUGACUGUAACAAAUCCAAUCCUUCCACUACAAUAAUCAGAUUCGGAUACAAAAAUAGAAAAAGAAAGAAGGAAACUGCUCAGUUGCACACUAAAACGACCUCCAUUUCUGUAACUCUUGGAAGAGCAGAAAAUGGCAGCACCCAAGAAGCUAUAUAGCUUGUGUUGUCUACUAAUGGCUACCCUAUUUGCUUACUCUGCAUCGGUACAGUUAAACGAUCCUGAUUGGUACUUUUGGUUUCCCCUGUAUGCUGGUGCUUUCGUUGUUAAUCUUCUGAACUGGAUCAUUCCCUCCUCAACAAUCAGCCAUGUCGCUGCAAUAUCACUCUGGCUUGGAAUAUAUUUGUUCAUAAAGGUCGUAGUUGAAGAUUUUAUGAACAGCAUAUCUGGGUUUUGGUCUCUAGAUUUAAGCGAGAGAGUCAUAAGGGAAAAAGUAGGAAGUGGGUUGGUUGUCCUCUCCAUGAUUUUGCAUCUAAUAACUUCAUCCUCCCCAAGAGUUUUCAUGCACAGAAUUAACAAUAAGUUUCCAACAAAAUAUGUUGAAUUUGGUAAGUCCAUGCUAUUAACAUACAUAGUCCCUGAACCUGACGUGCCUGCCUUUUUUUUAAAUUUUUUUUUAUUAUUUAUAAUUUUUUUUUAGGAGUUUCAAUCUAAAUGACUUCAAUUUUUUUGUUAUUGUUUGGUUAAUGAUUGUGGAAUUUUUUAUUUUUUUAUUUUUUUGGGUGGGUAGAAUAAUCAUUGGGGAUUUGUGAUUUAAACAGGAAUGUUAAUCUUGGUGGGUUUCAGCUAUGGCCUUCCCUUUGUCUUCUUUGUGGUAAACAAUGGUGAAAUGAAAUUUUGAUCGUGAGAAUAAACCAUCAAAUGUAAGAAAAUCACGUAAUGACCGAACUAUAGGAACAUUGAAUCUUGUAUCAUUUGCUACUACAAAACAUCAAUCUCGAAAAUUCUAUCUUCUUCAAAUAUUUUG